AGCGGCAGCCAGCCCGGCGCAGAGCAGCGGAGCGGAGCGGACCGUACCGGAGCGGAGCGGGCAGCCCCGCAGCGCCCCGGACCAUGUCUCCGCCGCCCCCCGGCCCGGGGCCGCUGCCGCCGCGGGAUCCGGCGGAGCCCGGCCGCCCCUAGCGCGGGGUUUCUGCAAGUCAUCCGCCCACCGCCGCCCUGCCCCGGCCCCGCUCCGAGGACCCCGGUCGGAUUUAUUGGGGUUUUGUGCUUUUUGCUCUUUGCUUCUUCCUUCCCUCCCCGUCGUGCUGUGUGUACCGGUUCCUCUCGUCACCUGCCGUGGUUAACUUUUCUGUGACUCGGUUUAACUCUUGAGAUCUCCGUGGAUGUUGCUAAGAGCACUUCUCUUGCCUUUGCUGCCCCUUGCCGGGACCGGAUUUGGUACUAAGCGGGCUCUGUGUGCCUGUGUGUGUGUUCUGAGUGUCCUGAGAUGUUGCUUUCCUGUUCAGAGCUGUGCGUUACUUGUAACCAAGACCCGUGAAGGAUCAUAGGCUUGGCUUGACCUUGAUUUUGAUGGCUUUUUGGGAAGAUCUGAUGAUGUGAUUGCAUUUUGUGAAGUGAUUGCUCUCCAGCCCCUAUGGCUUAGGAUACAAGCCACUUCUGCCACACAGUUACUCAUGGACAAUUCCAAAUUUUUCUAGACAAACUUUUUUUUUUUUUUUCCUUCUUCGUCUUUUGUUUCCUCACUUUCCUUUCACCCCAUUUCUCCUUAAUGUUGGGAGCCUUAUUCUACACUUUGCUGUGAUCGACCGUCCUGCUGCUCCUUGCUGCUGGUUUCUUUUUUAGAAUACAAUGGCUUUAAGUGGCAACUGCAGGACUUACCUUCCUGCGCGGGAGCAGGGGACCGGGCUGCACUCCUUCCCGGAGGUCGUGGAGCUAAAUGUGGGUGGCCAGGUUUACUUCACUCGCCACUCCACCUUGGUUGGCACCCCUCACUCCCUGCUGUGGAAAAUGUUCACCCCAAAAAGAGACACAGCCAACGAUCUGGCUAAGGACUCCAAGGGAAGAUUCUUCAUCGACAGAGAUGGCUUUCUUUUCCGCUAUAUUCUGGACUAUCUCAGGGACAAGCAAGUGGUUCUGCCCGACCACUUCCCAGAAAAGGGAAGGCUCAAGAGGGAGGCUGAGUACUUCCAGCUCCCGGACCUGGUCAAACUGCUGACUCCCGAAGACAGCAAGCAAAGCCCCGACGAUUAUUGCCACAGUGACUAUGAAGAGGUCUCCCAGGGAAGUGACACAAGAAUAUGCCCACCCUCGUCGCUCUUACCAUCGGAUCGGAAGUGGGGAUUCAUUACCAUUGGGUACCGGGGGUCAUGCACUAUUGGCAGGGAGAGCCAAGCAGAUGCCAAAUUCAGGAGGGUCCCAAGGAUUUUGGUUUGUGGAAGGAUUGCUCUGGUCAAAGAGGUCUUUGGAGAAAGUUUGAAUGAAAGCAGAGACCCAGACAGAGCUCCAGAAAGGUACACCUCCAGGUUUUAUCUCAAGUUCAAGCAUCUAGAGAGGGCUUUCGACAUGUUAUCUGAGUGUGGAUUCCACAUGGUGGCCUGCAACUCCUCUGUGACGGCUUCCUUUGUCAAUCAGUACACUGACGACAAGGUCUGGUCCAGCUACACUGAAUAUGUCUUCUACCGUGAGCCAUCCCGCUGGUCCUCGUCCCACUGCGACUGCUGCUGCAAGGACGGCAAAGGCGACAAGGAGGGCGAGAGCGGCACGUCCUGCAACGAGCUGUCGACAUCCAGCUGUGACAGCCAGUCGGAGGCCAGCUCCCCGCAGGAGACCGUCAUCUGCGGCCCUGUCACGCGCCAGCCCAACAUACAGACUCUGGACCGGCCGGCCAAGAAGGGCCCGGUGCAGCUGCUGCAGCAGUCCGAGAGCCGGCGGAAGAGCGACCUGCUGCGGACUCUCACCUCGGGCUCCAGGGAGUCCAACUCCAGCAAGAAGAAGGCAGUGAAGGAGAAGCUCUCCAUCGAGGAGGAGCUAGAGAAAUGCAUCCAGGAUUUCCUCAAAAUCAAAAUCCCAGACAGGUUUCCAGAAAGGAAGCAUCCCUGGCAAUCGGAACUGCUGCGGAAGUACCACCUAUAGGCUCUGGGCAGGAAGGCAUGGAGCCUUAUUGCCAUUACAGUGAUAUACUAAGUGAUACAAAAAUAAUUCCCAACAAUAAUUAUUUGUUAGGUCAUAAAAAAAAAUGAAAUCCAUCUCUCUAGUACUGCCUAAUUUGCCUAUUUCACCUUAACAUUUAUAGUCAUAGGGUAACGAUAUUUUUCCAGUCGUGGAAGCACAAUGACAAACGCUUUUAUUUGUAAACUCUGAGUCUUACACAAGCUGAAUACCUUAAGGGCACAACAGUACCGACAACACAAGAUGCUCGCGUGCAGAUGCUGCUGGUGCCAGUGGGAACGAGCAGGCAGCGGCCGGGCGGCGCGUGGCUGCAUGCCUUCUGCAUCCUCCUGCUAGCUCGGUGGUUUAGAGGGAUGUGCACUGCUCCAAGAAGCAAGCUAUGCCAUGGCAGUUUACCUUAAGCACGUGUGUAUAUAUAUGUGCAUAUAUAUAUAUGUGUGUAUAUAUAUCUCUGUGUAUAUAUAUAUGUAUAUAUAUAUAUCAAUAUAUAUUGCUUAAAGAUUUUCUGGCUCUCUCCUUAUAACUGCACUUUCUCAGAAAAGAGCAUUUUUUUAGCAGCUGUAGAUGUUCCAGUUCUUCUUCAGGUCUUUGAGGGUUGAAUAGUAAAGAAACCCCAGGAGAAACCCCAUCACGCUGCCUCUCACUCUCUUUUCCUUUUUCCCCUUCUCUGAGACACUGCAAAUGCAUUUCAAUGGAGACCAGGGACAAGUGUGUGGGUCUUUGUUGCCAUCAGCAAAAUAUUCCAUUUGUUUCUGGUGAGCUCAUUCCAUCUGUGUCCUCCCCACGCCUCUCGUUGGGUUCCUCAAGGCUUUCUGGUGGCAGCGGGCGGUACCUGUAGUGAUUCCAGCGGAAAGACAGAGGAACGUUUCCAGGCGGAGCGAGGGCAGGUGAAGCAGCAGCGCGGUGAGGAUGGCAGGUCUCUGCCCGCCUGCCAGGCACGUUUGUUUGCCAGCAGUGCUUGGCUCGAGCCGGCAGGGCGAGCAGACGCUCGGUCCCAUCCAGCGCAGAAGCAAAUACAAGAAAUGAUCAGCCUAACAAGAUACGUUUAAUGCUUUGACUGGCAGGGAAUCAAUUGCUAGAGGACAGGAGCAGCGCUGCUGCAGCUACGUGCAUUUCAAGAGAAAAUUGAAAAUCAAGGAGGAUGUACCCAUAUUCCAUGACAGAGGUGCUGUCUGCGUGCGGGUCCUGUUCGCAGCCCGUGGCAUGAGCCAGCAACGCUGAGCAUGCUCUGGGACCCACGGGGACGUGGGAGCCCAGGGAGGGGCAGUGGGUGCACAUGUCGGUAGCCAGCAGCAGGGGCUGGGGAGCAGAGAGCCGUGACCAGGGUCUGAGCUGGUCCGAGCCCAGGGUGCUGGGGCCAGCCAGGGGGCUGCAGAAGAGAGAACUGCUCCAGACAACUGGCUUUGGCUGGGAACAAGCCGUUAGAGUACUUGAGAGAAAUUAUUCAUUUUCUAAAGGCAGAAAAAGAAAGAUACAUAUAUAUGGGAACUGAUAGUGCUGGUAACAUGCCACUUCGGUUCUGACUUAUGUAGCAUCCUCCAGGUUCCAGAGCUCUUGAAUUUCAGACUGCUGUGGGAGAUGUCAGGUGUGCACAAAUUAUUUCUGCUGAUCUUAAUGCGGUUUCAGUAAGGUGGUUCUUUUGUGCUCGUAAGGCUCUGUUGUUGCCAUGCAAUGGGCAAGGGAGUUUUUGUUUUGCCAGAAGAAUCCUAAGGUCCACAUGAGCAGAGCUUCAUACCCAUUGCUUGGCUGCAGAUGUCAAGCAGGAGUUUAUGGUGAGGAUGCAAAUUUUACCAGCAAACAAGGAAGCAAUACGUGUCCAGAGCGAUCCUUAAGCACAAGCUGGCUGCAAGGAGAGGAACAAAACCUCCCAGCAAUACAUCCCCAAGCCAGUGGAGAGCAUGGUUCAGAGGUGGCAGCUUGGCAUCAUCUCUGCUGUGGUUUUUACCAAGUUUUUACAUGUGAAAUGCACCUAUCUGGCUCCUCUUAGCAGUUUGUUGGUUUAUAACAUUUCCCCCCCUGCCCUGGCACCAAGGCACAGUUUUAACAGAACUGGGGAGCAAAUGGGGUUCUCCCACAGGAUUUCCAGCCGUGUGCUCAGUUCGGGGUGGAUCAUGCAGCUGGAACCAUUUCAGCUUCCCUCACUCCAGGGCUUUCCCUGGCUCCUUUUCACAUCAUAAGUAUUUGGGCUAUAAAAUACAAGUGACAAGGUGAAAGAAUGGUGCUGGGUGUGCAUGUGUGCGCCUUUGCAGAGUGGCGCUGGAGGUGCACAGGGCUUCAGGAUGAUUAAUAACUGUGGAAAAAUUAGACCCAAAGAAAUGCACCCAAAUGGGCUUGAUUUAUGUGACCUUCAUGUCUUCAGUUUUAGAUGAAAUGGUUAUUACUCUCCAGCGCUACAGAAAUAAAGGUCUUAAACCUCAGUAACCAUGGGCAGGCCCAGCCCACAAGGAAGCACAGAGAUGUGUCACCGGCUGAAUGGGUGUGCGAGGAGCAGGGGUGCCCAGGCACAUGCGGGUGCACACGUGUGUGCUGUGUGUGUCCCUACACACGUCUGCGUUUCUGCAGGGCUCUAACCCCGCUGUAACUUACACUGUGGUAUUGUACAGGGUAGCUUAGCACUGGGGGUUGUGCUUCGAGGCUUUUUGUUUCAGGCUGACUGGCAAGCUCACCCGAGCCCUUGUGCAGAUGGCAGGAGCCGUCCGCCUGCCCUGGAUGGGAGUUGGGCGACACAUGGGAUGCUGCAGAGCAUCCACUCCUGCUGCCCGCCGUGGUCCCAGAUGUCCCCUUCCCUGUCCCCCUGCCUCGGCUGCUCUUCCAGAGCCAGGCUUUGGGCACGUCCCCCUGCACCAUCACCAGCGGCAGGGUCCCCCCGGCCGUGGAGCAUUACUUCGGAAGACCUCUUCCCUAAAAUAACGUCAUACAUAGGUACACAUGCAUAUACACAUAUAUACAAACACAUACACAUAUAAACAGCUAGAGAGAUUUGUACCUGCACCUUGGGAGGCAAGGCGUGAAUUCAUGCCUCGGAGGCCAGGUUCGUCCUCUGCCUGCAGGAGCUGGCACUGCUCACCGAUCGUGGGGCAGGAGGUACCUGCAGCAGGGGUACCGAGCGGCUGGUUGAGCCCCCCGCCAGGACGGCAGGGAGAUGGGGUCACUGCUCGGCCCCUGCGGCACCGUCCUCCCGCCGGGCUCCUCCCGGGGUCUGCGCAGGCGGGUGGCAGCGGGCAGGAUGCGGCCCUGCUCCCACUCGUGGCUGAGCCAAGGCGAUGAGGGUGAGAAGGGAGGCGGAGGUGAGGCACUGGGAAAUGGGACUGGAAUAACAAAAUUGUCUAAAACAUAGCUGGCUUUUGACUCUAAAAAUAUUCGGCUCAAUUCUAAUUUGUUUCAGUGAAAGAACCUCUGCUGAUCCGUAGGACAUUUUUGGUCACUUACUAGCAAGCCAAAAUGACACUCAGUUAGCAGAGGACUUUAUUCUUUCUCAACCAUCCGGGGAGCAAACUGGUCUUUGAGCUACUUUCCAUGCAUAACUAAGACCAAAUAUGAGUUCUGUUGAUAUUAAUUUGAAAACAUACAUUGACUUCAGUGGGACUGAGACUCCUAAGAUGCCUUUUCUCACAA